CCUUCCCUUGAAGAGUUUGUGAAUGCAGAUGCCAUUAUGGUGACAUAUACAGUUACGGAUCGAAACAGCUUUCGAAGAGCCGUCCUCUGUCUAAACACAAUGAGGAAUAUUGCCAAUAGGCAACCACCCGCAUCUCUCCCACUGGGACCUGGAUUACGUUCAAAGGCUGUCAUACUUGUCGGCAACAAAUCAGAUUUAGCUCGGCCUUCCCUCGAAGAGUUUGUGAAUGCAGAUGCCAUUAUGGUGACAUAUACAGUUACGGAUCGAAACAGCUUUCGAAGAGCCGUCCUCUGUCUAAACACAAUGAGGAAUAUUGCCAAUAGGCAACCACCCGCAUCUCUCCCACUGGGACCUGGAUUACGUUCAAAGGCUGUCAUACUUGUCGGCAACAAAUCAGAUUUAGCUCGGGUUCGAUCGGUGACGACAGAAAAUGGACGAAGUGCCGCCAACAAAUAUGAUGUGAAGUUCAUAGAAACGUCUGUCAUAAUCCAUCACAAUGUUGAUGAGCUGUUAGUCGGCACAUUAAGCCAAGUUCGUUUGAAAGCGCGCCAAGCUGAAGUAUUGUCUUGCAAGCAUCAUGCCAAACUCACUACGAGAGCGAAAAAUCUUUGGUUCAGAUUGUUGCACAAAUGUGAUCUGCGUUUCAAUUCCUGUGACAAUUUGCUGCAGUUAUAAAUUUCUGAUGACCAAUAUUAUCGCAUGCUUUCCUCAUAAAAAAAAUGGUGCUUUGUUGCUUU